AUGAGGGACGGUCCCGCGAUUGCGAUGCUACUGCUUCUGGCCGCAUUCCUCCUUGCGGCACAGCCAUCCAGUGCAAGCCGCGAAUCCGUUUGGCGAAACCUGAACCGCGCAUGGCGCAACGGCGGCGACAAUGAUGCGCUCCUCACGGCUCCCUCCAGGGAAAACUCCGGCAAAUUCGCGACGCCAGCAGCGGAUAGCUCCGCGGUCUACAUCGUCCGCCUGAGUACCGCGCCUCCCCUCUCCGAAUACCGCGGCGGAAUCGCGGGCUACCCCGCGACGGCCACGUGGGACGACGGCAGCGACGAGGAGGGCGACAGCGACGCCGUGCCGCAGAUGAUCCUCCCCGUCGGCGAUUCCGCCGCCGCCCCAGGCGACGAAUCCGUCGAUUUGGACGACACGACACCCCUUUCAAACGGAACUGUGCCCACGCCACCCCCAAACGCCACAUCUGACGCCGCCUCCACUCCCAACGCUCGCGGCGGUCGCGGCGGUAACGGCAACGGUAACGGCGGUCGUAACGGUGGCGGCGGGUGCCCGCGACACCGGCUGAGUCUGAGCAUGGACCGCCCCCAGGUGGCGGCGUUCGCGGGGCUGCUGCAGAGGCAGCAGGCGCAGGUGGCAUCUGAGGCGGGCGUACCCGAAGACGGGCUGCUCUACAGCUACAAGCACACGUCCAACGGCUUCGCCGCGCGCCUCACGCCGCGCCAGCUGUGGCGGCUGCGGCGCAACCCCGCCGUGGCGUCCGUCCGCGCCAGCCGCGUGUUCCGCCGGCAGACGACCGACUCGCCGCAGUUCCUGGGGCUGCCCGGGAAGGUGUGGCCGGCAGUGGGCGGGCAGAGCAAGGCGGGUGAGGGCACGGUGGUGGGGAUCGUGGACACGGGUAUCUGGCCCGAACACCCGUCCUUCAGCGAUAAGGGCCUCUCCUCGCAGCUGCCCGCGGGGUGGAAGGGCAAGUGCGAGCAGUCGAGCUCGUUCCGGUGCAACAACAAGGUGAUCGGCGCCAAGGCCUUCUAUGCCGGCUUCCAGCAGAGCAGCGGCCGGCCCGUGUUGAGCAACGACUGGCUCACGCCGCGAGAUGCGGACGGCCAUGGCACGUGGUGCGCGGGGGCGGCCGCGGGGAACCGAGUGAAGGUGCAGGGCGGCGGGCAGGUGAGCGGCAUGGCGCCGGCAGCGCGCAUUGCGGCGUACAAGGUCUUCUGGACGGACGGCAACGGGGACAUGUACGCGACGGAAUCAGACAUCAUCGCAGCCGUCAAUCAGGGCGUGGCGGACGGUGUGGAUGUGCUGUCGCUGUCUCUGGGCGGCGUGAAUCCCGACGACAACUAUUUCAACGACCUCGCUUUCAUGCGUGCCAAUGCUGCCGGGGUGUUUGUCGCCUUUGCUGCCGGCAACGCCGGGCCGCCCGGUCGUGGAGGGUUCUACCGCACGCUUGACAACUUCGCCCCCUUCUAUCUCACCGUUGGCGCCAGCACCAUUGCCCGAGGAGGCGCCUCCCUCGCUUCCUCAACGGCUGGCGCUCAGUCGCUCGCUCUCGGUGCCACUACCAGCAGCAGCGGCACGGAUGGCAGCACAGGCGGCAACUUCAAUGGCAACAGCACGGACGGCAGCAGCACCGUUCUGACAGCAGACGGCGGGAUCACGUUCACGACUGCAUCUUCCUCCGCCCCCGUGGUGGCUGACUUCUCUUCCCGCGGCCCCCUGCUGCAGCCCUCCGUCACAGCCCAGCCGCCCAAGCCAGGCAACGCCAUCUUAAAGCCUGACAUCAUCGGCCCCGGAGUGGACCUCGUAGCCGCUGCUCCCGGGAAGAAACCCGGUGAAACCGGCGCUCUCGCGCGCAUGUCGGGCACUUCCAUGGCCACCCCGCAUUUAGCCGGGCUAGCCACUUUAAUCAUCCAGAAGUACCCCAACUGGACCCCGGCGCAGGUGAUGUCAGCGCUGAUGACAACGGCGCGGGUGACAGACACGAGCAAGAGCCCGAUCAAGAGUGCGACGGGCAGGGAGGCCACCCCGUGGGAGAUGGGCGCAGGCCACGUGUUCCCCCCGGCCAUGCUCGACCCCGGGCUUACUUACGACGCCCGCGACCGCGACUACCAGAACUUCCUGGCCGGGCAGGACCUCAACCGCGCGAAAAAGGAGUUCCCAGGGGUGGCGCUCUCCCCUCUGGCUGUCCGGAACCUCAACCUGCCCACCAUCACUCUGCCUCGCCUGCAGGGCUCCCUGCAGGUCACACGCACCGUCACCAACGUGGGGCAAUCCCGGUCCACAUACAGCGUAUCUGGGAAGGCGCCGCAGGGGGUGAAGGUGACUGUGUCUACUAAGAGCCUCACGCUUGCUCCUGGGGAGAAGGCCACCUACACGCUGACGUUCACGGUGGAUACCCCCAGUAAUGACUUCAAGUACGGGUUUAUAGUGUGGAGGGGAAAGGGCUUGGGGAAGGGAAGGCACGCGUGGAGAGAGGGCAUGGAGAGAGGGCAUGGAGAGAGGGCAUGGAGAGAGGGCAUGGAGAGAGGGCAUGGAGAGAGGGAGAUGGGCAUGGGAAGUAGCAAGAAGGAGGGAACAUUGGAGGUCUGCGCUGCUGGUAACACCACCGCCCACACAGCAUCUGCCUUUGCGCCGACUGCUCUGCUCUGCAUCCCCCCCUGCUUCUCCCGCCUUCACCCUGCCAUCUUGCCCUCGGCAGAGACAGUGCGUGUCUGA